AUGGCAGCUGAGAGUCUUGCUGAGCUCCGGGACUGGCUUUUUCUCCUCCUUCUGUGCCUCACUUUAUUGGCUGAAGUGCUGGAGCUGGCCGCAGCAGCCAUUGCCAUGGAGACUGGUGAUGGGGAAGAGGGUGGCAUGUGCCCACUGGUGUGUCGCUGUGAUGAGGGGUUUGUCUACUGCAAUGACCGCGGCCUUGGCAUGAUUCCCCCACUACCGUUGACGGCUGCAAUCCUCUACUUGCAGAGCAACCGGCUAACUAAUGCUGGGCUGCCUCCAUUGCUGGAAAAGAGCAGUUCCAUACGGGUGGUUUACCUGUACGCUAACCAGUUAGAUGAAUUCCCUAUACAUCUUCCGCCUUCGUUACGAGAGCUCCACUUACAGGACAAUAAUAUACGAACGUUACCACGCUCCUCCCUGGCCAAGAUACCACUGCUUGAGCGUUUACACCUGGAUGACAACUCCAUAUCAACAGUUAGCAUCCAGGAGCGAGCGUUUUCUGGGACUCCAAAGCUGCGCCUGUUGUUUCUUUCUCGAAACCACCUCUCUAGCAUCCCCGCCGGUCUGCCAGCAUCGUUGGAGGAGCUGAGACUAGAUGAUAACCGGAUCAGCACCAUCCCCACCCAUGCCUUCAGAGGGCUUUCCUCCCUCCGCCGUCUGGUCCUGGAUGGGAACCUGCUGGCCAACACACGCAUCGCAGAUGACACCUUCUCUCGACUGUCCAACUUGACCGAGCUGUCAUUGGUGCGUAAUGCCCUGCAGGCUCCCCCUGUUAACCUGCCUUCAGCCCACCUUAUACGGCUCCAUUUACAGGACAACGGAAUGACCCACAUUCCAAGAGGGGCAUUGGAUGGGAUGCGUCGCCUGCAGAGGCUGGACCUGUCAGGUAACAACCUGACUACCCUUCCCCGAGGUCUUCUGAAGGAUACAGAGAAUUUGGAGUUGUUGCUGCUCCGGGGGAAUCCCUGGUAUUGUGGCUGCAACCUACGCUGGCUCCAUGCCUGGCUACAUGGCCGGGGGGCAGCAGUUACCAUCAGGGGACUGGCCUGCCAGGGGCCUGAAGCUGUACGUGGACAGGCCCUUAAAGACUUGACUGAGCUGUUGGAGCAGUGUGAGGGUCCCCCUGCGGGGCCUAGUAUUGGGGUAGGGGUGAUCCAGGGAGAAAUAAAUGGAGGAGGCGGAGACAGUGGUGGAGGGAGCCAAGUAGUAGCUCCUGCAUCCCAUGGCAGCACAACCACUACCCUCUUGGCACCCACCCAAGGCUCUCUUUUCACCAUGCGGGCCAAGCAGCCGGGCCUGGUGAUGCCUCUGUCUCCUGGGGAAAGAGGUCAAGUAUCUGGGGAGGCGCUGGAACUGACUGUAAAGCCUCUUUCUUCAAACAGCAUUUUAGUGACCUGGCUGUGCCCACACCCCGCGCCGUCCUUCCGUCUGUCAUGGCUCAGGCUAGGCAGCAGUGCAACCCUUGGUUCCAUCACAGAGACCCUUGUCCCUGGAGAGAGGCAGCAGUAUGUCCUCACCCAGCUCACCCCACACUCCCACUACCUCAUCUGUCUGCUGCCGUUACGACAGGACCCUUCCAUCGGGGGUUCCAGUGGAAGCUCAUCUAGGGCUGGUGGUAUGGACACAGACAAUAAACAGUCAGCCCCAGCCUGUGCUCAGAUUGAGACUGGAGAGGCUCCAGUCAGUGGAGGGGGUGAGGGGUCAGAAAAGGAUGGACAAGAUUCAGAGAUAACAGUCCUGCCAUUAGCUGGGAUCAUAGGCGGAGCCACAGCAUUGGUAAGUCUGUUGCUAAUCUUUGGUAUCUUCUGCUGGUAUGGACAGAGGGCAGGGUACAUGUCCGGAGACUCUGGCUUAUAUGGCAGAGGGCGUGGAGGGAAAAGUUACGACGACUACGUGGAGUCGGGCACCAAGAAGGACACUUCCAUCUUAGAAAUCAGGGCUCCUCCUGUGGGCUUUCAAAUGACAGCCAUGGCCCAUCAAUCCCUCCAGCCCAAGCUGGAGGAUGUUACCUACAUCCACACCAUUUUCCCUUCUUCCUCCUCUUCCUCCCAUGCAAAUGGGACCUACCGGAGCACCCACGGGGUCGGCAGCCACAACGGCACCAUCCUAAGCCAAACUGGCCAUCACCAUCUUGGUUAUGGUACCAACCGUGGAUACCGAGAGGGCGGCAUCCCUGACAUCGACUACUUCUACACGUGAUCACACAAGGACACACUCCCUAGGCCACAGUUGCUUGGUGCAGUUAUUACGGAUAACACCCACCAGGCCUGUUGCCAUUUUGUCCUUGGUUUCCAAAGUACCCUUUGUGCCUCUGCUCGUUCAAUUCUGAUUGGUUUGAUAUGUAGAAAAGACUAAUUUUAGCUGUGGUGAUGGACAUUGAUAGUAAGUGACAGAAGCAUCAUUCGAUCCGAACAACUGGAUAAUCUCACUAUC